CUUUAAGAAGACUGAUUUCAAAAACCCGAAGGAACUACUGUGUGACAUCCAAUGGUAAAAUAUACUCAAAGAGAAGGAAGUUCAAGAUGGAUAGGAGUUUCUUAAAGUUGUAUCAGUAUUUUCAAAUAAGAGAAGCACCAUAUUGUUUAUUAAGGAAAUGUGGACCUUUGAGAGCGGAAACAGAAUUUGAAAUAUUACUAGCAUCAGAACAAGAUAAGGGUUUAAUUGACUGGCUGCAAUGUUUAUAGGCAGAGGCAAUCCUUACAACAUCCUAAUUGGUUCCAUGUUUAUUACAUGCCCGCCUUAUAUAAACCUAGCAGGAGGACUCCUGAGAGCUCCAGGCUGCUGAGAAAGGCUGGCUGCUUGUGCAGAUCACCUAACAAGACUGAAUCCCUGUUGAGGAAAACCUCUCCAUCUUCGACCUGCUAAACAUCCAGAAAAGUUGCCCAUUUCUCCCUCUCCAAACAGCUAAAGAUGAAUAAAAUUAUUGUUUAUGAAGAGGAAGACUUUGAGGGGUUCAGGAAAGAAUUCACUUGCAGUGUUCCUGACCUACGUAGUGUAGACUUUGGGGACUGCAUUUCUUCCCUUAAGGUGAUUGGACAACCUUGGCUGGUCUUCCGUGAUCCCAACUAUAAAGGUGUGGGUUUUGCAUAUGAAGAAGGUGAACACAAGCACAUCCAGUUAAGUAAUAACAUUUCUUCUCUCCAACUAGUCACUGAGGACUUGGAAGAUCCUCAGAUCACACUUUAUGAGCACCCUAACUAUGAAGGGAUAAGCAAAGUGAUAAAAGAGGAAACCAACCUAAGUUAUGGGUAUUUCAAUGACAAGGCGUCUUCCCAUAUUGUCCAGAAAGGUGCCUGGCUCCUCUAUGAACAUCCAAGGAGAGGUGGUUGGUACUAUAUAGCUCGAGAAGGAACGAAGCUUGAGAACUAUGGCCCUUUGUAUCAUUUCCAUGAUAAGUGUUCCCACGUGUAUCCCCUUAAAAGUGGCCGGCCUGUUAUCACUAGCAGGAUCUUAUGGGACCGCAUGAACUUGGAGAGUGAGAGGGAUGUGAUGAUUGAUGAGAUAAAUUGUAUCAACACCACGGAAACAGAGCAGACAUUCACCACCACCAGCAGUCGAACCUAUGAAAUGUUCACAAGCCACAGCUUCAAAUUAGCAGUCCCUACCCUUCAAAUAAAUGAGAGUUUCAGUUUAAGCAUAGAUCCGAGCACCAACCUGACAGUAGAAAAAGGAAAGAUUGACUCUUUUACUACAUUAAACAAAGUCGAGGUGACCAUGCCAGCCAAGGUCCCCAAAAAAUCAGAAUUGAACAUCCAGGUGAUCAUGAAGGUAGUCACGGCCUCUGUUCCUGUGGAGCUCAUCAUCACCAAUAAUGGUAAAUCAAGGACGGAAAAUGGGCAGUAUCGUAGUGUAUCAGGACGCAACAUCACCACCAAAUACAGCAUGAAAUCAGUGAAAAAUUAAGCAGAGGACCAGUAAUCACCAAAAGCAAAAUGACCAUGCCAGCCAACAACCCACUUUCAUUUUGAAAUGAACAGCUGUAGAUUCAAGAAGAGCAUUUCUCCCUUCCUGUGAGGAAGACCAUUACCUAGAAAUGGGGAGAUGGGGCGGGACAAUGGGGAGUAUUGCAAUGUGUCGAGACUUUAACAGCAGCACUGAAUAUAUCGGAAUAUAUGGGAACAUUAUUCUCACUGUCUCAUUUCUCUGUUCAUUCCCUCUACCCUGCCCCACCUGCCUUACCCACUUGCAUGUAGAGAAAAUAAUUAGGAUUUUAUUGUCUACAGUAUGCUUCCCACCUUCCCAGCACUUUUAUGGAAGUUUAAACUUCCAACCCACUCUUCUAAUUUUGCAGAUAUUUGUAUCUGAGUGGGAAAAUUGUGUGUGUGUGUGUGUGUGUGUGUGUGUGUGUUAGUUCAUUGUGAUUGGUUGAACGUAACCUGUCCUAGGAAAGAAAACAUUACCUUUAAAAAAAUAAAUAGAGAACUGCAUUUCUUAUUCCAUGGAAAGAUAAGUACUUGGCAUCUGGAACAAGGAAAAAUUCUUAAAUAAUAUUUUUUUGCAUGUUCCUUGAUCUGCUAUUACUGCAGACAUUAAAGACACUAUACCAGAUGAAAUUCCUGAAAGGGGCAAGACUCCGAUGCUGGUUUCGAGGGACUGAUGAAGAGGAACUGAAGGGCAAACUGAUAACAGGAGGACUGUGUAAUUCAUAUAAAAAUAUAUAGCAAAGAAAUCUGGAAUCCACAGUUAGUACAAUGAACUAGAAAAUAGUCUCACUUCACUGACAAAAGACAUCCGACAGAGAGAAUCCAACAGAAAGUAGCUGUUAGGACACAGGUUGGUAAUAAAUACCUUGUAUGCUCAAUUAAGCCUCCACAGCAACUCUGUAUGGUCUGCAGUUCUAUUUAUGCUUCUUAAAUCCUAUCUGAUUUUAAAAAUGAUUUCUAGGGUGAAUGGUUGCAGAUACGCACCUCCUUAACUGCUAUGUUUAAGCACUCUGGAGAACAUGCUUCUGCCAAUUUUGUUUCAUUGUAUUUUUGCAUCAUGUAUUAGACUCCAGCUGCUGUUUGGAUGCUUUUCUGCUUAUUAAACCAGACUGGUGAAUAUCUCAAUACAA